UCUUCCGCCCCAGCCGCAGGUCCCCCGCGGGGCACUGACCCUGGCUCCCCGCUCGGCUCGUUCUCGCUCCUGACGCCACCAGCUGGACCCCGGGAUGCCGGGCGUCUCCGCCCGCGGCCUCUCUCACGAGGAGAGGAGGCAGCUGGCGGUGAACCUCACCCGUGUGCUGGCGCGCUACCGUCCCAUCCUGGACGCCUACAUCAUCGAGUUCUUUACAGACAACCUGUGGGGCACACUCCCUUGCUCGUGGCAGGAGGCGCUGGAUGGACUGAAGCCGCCACAGCUGGCCACACAGCUGCUGGGGAUGCCCGGGGAAGGGGAAGCGGUCAGGUACAGGUCGGUGUGGCCGCUCACCCUGCUGGCCCUGAAGUCCACAGCCCAUGCCCUGGCCUUUACCCGGACACCUGGCUUUCAGACCCCCUCAGAGUUCCUGGAGAACCCCAGCCAGAGCUCCCGCCUGACAGCCCCGUUCCGGAAACACGUCAGGCCCAAGAAGCAGCAUGAGAUCCGGAGGCUGGGAGAGUUGGUGAAGAAACUGAGUGACCUCACGGGCUGCACCCAGGUCGUGGAUAUAGGCUCAGGCCAGGGCCAUCUCUCCCGAUUCAUGUCCCUGGGGCUGGGGCUGACAGUGAAGAGCAUCGAAGGCGAUCGGAGGCUGGUGGAGAGAGCCCAGCGCCUGGACCGGGAGCUCCUGCAGGCCCUGGAGAAAGAGGAGAAGAGGAGCCCACAGGUGACCCGGGCCGGCCCUCGCCACUCCCCACACCACGUGGUUAGGUGGGUAGAGCCCACGGCCCUGUGCAAGGAGCUCCUGCUUCCCCUGGAGCCCUUGCCUCCGCGCGGGGCCCGCCUGCUGCUGACGGGCCUCCACGCCUGCGGGGACCUGAGCGUCGCCUUGCUGAGGCACUUCUCCUGCCCCGAGGUGGUGGCCCUGGCCUCGGUGGGCUGCUGCUACAUGAAGUUGAGUGAGCCUGGCGGCUACCCACUGAGUCAGUGGGUGGCGGGGCUUCGUGGCUCCGAGCUGCCCUACAGGCUGCGGGAGGGGGCCUGCCACGCCCUGGAGGACUACGCCGAGCGGCUACAGAGAGCGGGCCCCGGGCUCCGCACCCACUGCUAUCGGGCGGCACUGGAGACGGUCAUCCGGGGCGCCCGGCCCGAGCUUCGACGGCCAGGCGUGCAGGGGAUCCCCAGGGUCCACGAGCUCAAGAUCGAAGAAUACGUGCAGCGGGGGCUGCGGCGGGUGGGGCUGGAUCCCCAGCUGCCACUGAACCUGGCUGCCCUCCGGGCCCACCAGGCCCAGGAGAACCGAGUGGUGGCCUUCUUCAGCCUGGCCCUGCUCCUGGCCCCGCUGGUGGAGACGCUGAUUCUGCUGGACCGGCUGCUCUACCUUCAGGAGCAGGGCUUCCAUGCUGAGCUCCUGCCCGUCUUUAGUCCUGAACUCUCGCCCAGAAACCUAGUUCUGGUGGCCACCAAGAGUCCCCUGGGUGAGGCCUUCUCUCUUCUGGAAACUGAAGACAGCUGACGAACUCCAUCUGGAGUUCACCCAGAGGACCAGCCUCCUCGCUUCCUGCAACCCUGGCCUCUCCCUCCCCAUGUUAACGUAAUACUAUGUCAAGGUUUAUUUUUAAUUUAUUAAAUAAAUGAAAUCUUUAUUUCUC